AGCUCUUUGUAUCUCCAAGCCCGAGCCCGGGCUCUUGGAUCGCUCUCGAAGCGGCGAUGGAGGGCUAUGCGAGCUUCCAGAAGAGCCCCGUGCGGAACCGGACCACGGUGAAUCGGCUGGUGCCUCGAGCUUUGCAGCGGACCACCACGGACGACACCCAGACGGCCAUCAACCGCGUCGUCCACGAGGCGCUGGCGCGCGCGGAAGCGGCGGACACGGCGGGCGCGGCGGCAGGGGCGUCGGCCAGCCCGGAGCUGGCGGAGGACGUCAAGGGCCGGGUGGAGCUGGUGCUGCAAGCGAAGCAGGACGAGCUCAGCGGGACCAUCACCCACGCCCAGCGUUUGGAGCUGAUCCAGCUGAUCGCGCGCCUGUCUGUGUCUGACGCGCUGGAAGAGCGGCGCCAGAUGCAGCACAGCAACCAGCGACGUGCGGAGGAGACGGUGCGCGGCUCUAUUCUGCCGUGCUGGAUUUGGAGCCGAAUUUUCUGCCUCCAGGUGCUGCCUGUCAGCGAGGUCCUCCAGCUUGGAGCGAGCUGUCGCCUGCUGCGACAGAACCACUCCAUGGGCCUUCGAGCUUUCAAGCUGCCGUGUUUGCUGGACGGGGAGGACCCUGCGCCUGAUGCUCCCUUGGUGCCUCGACCUGUGCCUGCAACGACUAUGAAGUUGCUGGUGCACAAGUUCCGGUAUGCACAGAGCCUGGAAGGGCGGCGGGGCGCGCGGCUCUUCGACAGCGACCUGGAGCUGCUGCCCUUCGCGCAGCUGCGGCGGCUGGACCUGGGCUUCUGCACGCGGCUUGCAGAGGGGAAGCUGCUGGCGUGUCUGAAGGCCUGCGUCUGCCUGGCGGAGCUGUCUCUGCGAGGCUGCCUGCAGCUGACAUCCCCAAGCUUUCCAGACACGGUCGCAGAGCUGCGCUCCUUGUCUGCCUUGGACGUGCGUGGCUGCGAGAACGUGAACAGCGACGGCCUGCUGCAGAAAUGUCUGGACCUGCGCCUCACCAGCCUGCGCCUGGCACAUGCCUGUCCCUUGGAGAUCCGUGAUGCAUAUGAGGAGACCCAGCCGCAGCUUCCCAACCGUCUCAUAACACCUGAGACAUUUCAGAGCCUCUGCUCCUUGCCCUUGGCCUCCGUUGAGCUGGAUCUGCUCCUGCUGUCCUCCAUGAGGGAUGCUGAAGUUCAGAAACUUGCAACAAUCCCUCAACUGCAAGCUCUGCUGCUUUGGAAUGUUGAGCGCCUGAACCGGGUCACCUUCCAAAGCAUCGUGGAGCGCUUUGCUGCUGAAAUUGACACCGUUGCGUAUCAUCACUGCUACGAUGAAUACGACGCUUAUUUUCACGUCGUCCCCUCUGCGUGGGGCCUUGAGAUGCCCGGGCAGCUGCAGGGCUUCUGCGCCAGGGCCUUCUUCCCGCCGGGCGCCGCUGGCGCUGGUGGCAAGACUUUGCUGCUGGCCACGAGCUUCAAGAUGAACCCCCAGGAGGCCUUCGAGGCGAUGAUGACAAGAGCGCUGGAAGUUUGCCAGCCUCGGCGGCUGAUUUUCGAUGCCGGUGUUUGCCGCGCCGAAAUAGGGGAAGCGCUGAUGCGCUUCGGUGCUUUUGCUGAGGAGGUGGAGUUGUACAAUGGCGGCUUUCGGGAGUCGGUGAGCGGUUUCCUGAGCCCCAUGCUGCAGUCUUGCCCAAGAUUGCGAAGCCUGCGCUGGAAGCACGAGGGCUGCCUGUGGAACAUGCAGGAGCUGGAACUUUUGGUGAAGACUCUGGCGGAGAAUUGCCCUGAUCUCGAACGCUUUGAGAUAGUGGAACCACAUCGUUCUCCCAUCAACACGCUCGCCUCCAAUCUGGUGUACUAUUACGACGGCGAUCCCGGCAGAAACCAUAAUGCCGUGAAUUUGGCCACCUUGCAGGAGCUCCUGGCCCGUUGCCCCCGCCUGGAGCAUUUGGAGCUGCCUGCGCCCAAGCUGCCGCGCCUGAGUUACUGGCAGCUGCGGGCUGCCUCUGCUGCGCCGCCGCGAACGCUGGUCUUCAACGGGAGGAACACCUCGUUCCAGGAGGAGCUAGAGGCUCUCGCAGGUUUGGCCGAAGACAGGCAGUAUGACAUCUCGCUGCUGAACUUUGGCGCCUUGACGUUGCCCACCAUUGCCUUUGUGACCCGCUUCCGGCACUUGCGAUCGCUACGCCUCGGGCAGGUGGAUGGGUCUUACGUGGGCCUAGUGGUCCACCUCCCGGAGCGCUGCCCGGAUCUGCAGCGGCUGUGCCUCCAGGACCUGCCGCUGCCGGCGGCGCAGACGGAGGCGCUGCUGGACGCCCUCGGCGGCCUCCCGCUGCUGGAAGCCCUGGACCUGCGGGUGGUGCCAGAGGAGCCCAAAACCGCCUUCCACAGGAUGCUGCCCGCCUUGGUGCGGCGCCUGCGCCGCUUGCGAGAGCUGCAGCUGCCGACGCUGGCGCCCUGCGCGCUGUGGCCGCUGCUGGCGCCGCUGCGCCGCUUGGCGACGCUGGAGGUGACGCUGGACUCGGCGUUGCCCCUGCCAGAGCUGCUCUUGAAGGUGGUGGCAAGGUGUCCGGACCUGCAGGUUCUUAUGUUGGACAAGCUGGAGAAUGAGCCGCAGGUGGACGAGGUGCGCAUCCGCGAGGUGCUGCGCCAAGCCCCGGGGCUGCAAGAAUUGGCCUGGGUGCCGGCCGCGGUAUGCAGCGGCCUGAUGUAUUCCAAUGGCUUCAGUGUUGAGUGGAGCGUGCGUCGCCCGAACAGGGUGACUGGUUGAGGCGCA